GAAAGACGGCUAACGAGGUCAAAUGAUGAAAAUUCACUGCGACCGGUCUUAUUACUUCACCCCAAACUUCGACAUGAGAGGAGAGGAGAGAGGAGAAAAAAGUUGUCUAAAAUACCAAUACAGUCUGCUCCUUUUCAGUUCACACUGUCUAGUUCUCUCUCUCUCUCUCUCUCUCUCUCUCUCUCUCUCUCUCACACACACACACACGAGACAUUGCUGAAUUCCGCUGGAUUUUAACACUUUCCUCAUCAUCUGCUGAAAAAAACCACAUUUUCCCACCUACUAUCACUCCCCCAAUACACUCUUAAGUCCUUUGAAUUCGAUUUCAAUUCCCCAUUUCUUUCUAUUUGUUUUUUGGUGCCGAGCUUGUUGUUUAUUUUUAUCUAUCCGUGGUGUUGUUGGACUACUAUCGGAUUCUGCCUGGACUUAGCUUUCCUUUGUCUGAGUUUCGGAAUUGGGUUUGAUUGGAGGGGCUGAAUUUGGUGAAAAGACAAGCUUUUGAGUGUGUUCACCAAUUCGGGAAGUUCGAGAUCUGGCUGGUUUUCUUUUGGGAUCUCUCUGGUUGUUAGAUUGGUUUUGAUUCGAAUUAUCGGUUUGGAUCCGAUCGAGGGAGAAACAGCGCCAUCACAUGGCGCUGUUCAGAAGGUUCUUCUACCGCAAGCCUCCGGAUCGGCUUCUUGAGAUCUCCGAAAGGGUCUACGUGUUUGAUUGUUGCUUCUCCACGGAUGUCUUGGAAGAAGAUGAGUACAGAGUGUACAUGGGUGGCAUUGUAGCUCAGUUACAGGACCACUUUCCUGAUGCUUCUUUCAUGGUGUUUAACUUUAGAGAAGGGGAGAGGCGAAGUCAAAUUUCAGAUAUAUUGUCUCAAUAUGACAUGACAGUUAUGGAUUACCCUCAACACUAUGAAGGGUGUCCUCUUCUGCCAUUGGAGAUGAUCCACCACUUCCUUCGAUCAAGUGAAAGUUGGUUGUCAUUGGAAGGGCAACAAAAUGUGCUGUUGAUGCACUGUGAAAGAGGAGGAUGGCCUGUGCUUGCAUUCAUGCUAGCAGGUCUUCUGUUAUACCGAAAACAGUACAGUGGGGAGCAGAAGACUCUUGACAUGGUCUACAAGCAAGCUCCAAACGAACUUCUUCAUCUUUUGUCUCCUUUAAACCCACAGCCUUCUCAGCUGAGAUAUCUUCAGUAUAUAUCUAGAAGAAAUAUAGGUUCUGAUUGGCCUCCAUCAGAUACACCUUUACUUCUGGAUUGCCUGAUUCUGAGAGUCCUUCCACUAUUUGAUGGGGGGAAAGGUUGCAGGCCUGUUAUACGUGUUUAUGGUCAGGACCCUUCAACACCAGCUAAUAGAAGUUCUAAGCUUUUGUUUUCAACUUCAAAGACGAAAAAGAAUGUGCGCCACUAUCUACAGCAGGGAGAGUGUAUGCUAGUGAAAAUUGAUAUCCAUUGCCGUGUUCAAGGGGAUAUUGUUCUUGAGUGCAUCCAUUUGGAUGAAGAUCUGGUACAUGAGGAGAUGAUCUUCAUAGUUAUGUUCCACACAGCAUUUGUGAGGUCAAACAUUCUGAUGCUCAACCGCAAUGAAAUUGAUGUUCCAUGGGAUGCCAAGGACCAAUUCCCGAAGGACUUUAGCGCAGAGGUACUUUUUUCGGAUGCUGAUGCUGUUGUGCCUGCUCUUACUACAGUCGUAGCCAGUGAAGGAAAUGAGGCAGAAAUUGCUUCACCUGAGGAAUUUUUUGAGGUGGAAGAGAUUUUUAGCAAUGUAGUUGAUGGGCAGGAAGGGAAGGGGGAUUUGGAUCCUUACGCAUUUCAAGACUGUGCAUCAGAUGAUGGAACCCACAAACGGGAUGGAAAGUUGGUUUCUAGUAUUGAUGCAGUGAAGGACAUUGGUGUUGAUGAUGUGAAAUAUAAGAUGGAUGAGAAGGUGGGUUCUGAUCAUUUGGUGAAGGACAUUGGUGUUGAUGAUGGUGAUAUCAAGCUAGAUUUCAUACUAGCUGCUGGUGAUAUGCAGCCAAGUCUGGAAACCAAGGAAGUGGUGGAAGAUUUGUGUGGCAAAUUGGAUGAGAUGGGAGACAAGGGUGAUGGAGGAAACAGUUUUGCACAGAAGACUUUAGAUUCCAGGGUUCCCCAGAAAAAGUUGACUGCUGAUGUCCCCAGACAAAAAUCAGAGAAAGUUCUUCCUAAUGUGCCUAAGAAACAGCCUACAAUCAGCACAAAACCAGCUGCAGAUUCAGUUGUUGCCAAACAAAAGACUAAACAGCAAGAGUCUCAUGCAAAACUGGCAAAGCCAAAUGCAGUAUCUAGGUGGAUCCCUCCUAACAAAGGCUCUUAUACUAAUUCAAUGCAUGUAUCAUAUCCACCAUCAAGAUAUAACAGUGCACCAGCUGCUCUUGGUGUUAAUGUUCCUUCAAAGGAUUCUAACGCAGUUCCCAAAUUAAAAGCUUCUUCUGAUACCCCCACCACUGUGGUUUCAACUGAUGUGACCAAUGGUCUGAAAAGUUGUAAGGUGGAUCCUGUGAAGCCUUCAGGUUCUACCCAAGAGGCAGUUGCUUCAUGCCCACCAUCAUUGGUACCAUCAAUUAAAGAUUCAUAUUCAUCCCCACAAACUCAAGCACAACAUAUUAACCUGCAGCAAGUAGUUCCCCCUCCUCCCCCACCACCUCCACCACCACAACAUUAUAACACCCCUUCGUUUUCAACCUUUCCAUCCAUGUAUCCUUCAUCGCCUUCCCAACCUUUGCAGGUGGGUGUCACACCUCCACCUCCACCUCCACCCCCACCUCUACCUCUUAAAAGGCAGAAUAGUGCUACCAUGUUCCUUUCACCAACUCCUCCGCCGCCUCCGCCUCCGCCUCCACCUCCCCCUUUUCUGAGCACAUAUACUGCACCAAACCUUGGAGUAGGAGUGUGCACUCCUCCUCCACCUCCACCUCCACCUCCACCUCCACCUCCACCUCCACCCGUACCUCCUUUAUAUGGAGCUCCACCAAAACUGCCUCCACCAUUUGGAUCCCCACCACAACCAUUACUUGUGGCAAGAGCCCCACCUCCCCUGCCCCCUCCAGCACAUGGAGCCCCACCUCCUCCGCCACCACCUCCAGUUCAUGGAGCCCCACCUCCUCCACCACCACCUCCACCUCCACCUCCUUUAAUGCGUGGAGCACCACCACCACCACCACCUCCAAUCCGUGGAGCACCACCUCCUCCGCCACCUCCUAUAGGUCAAGGCCCACCUCCCACAUCACUUGGUGCACCACCCCCUCCACCUCUGCCUGGAGUUCAUGUGCCUGGCCCUCCGGCUCCACCUAGGCCUCCAGGUGGUGUACCUCCACCUCCGCCAUUAGGUGCCAAAGGACCAAAUGCUACUGCUGAUGCAAGAGGCCUGUCUUUAGGGAGAGGGCGUGGGCUUUCACGUCCUUUAGGGAUGGGGGCGACUACUACAGCUCCUCGAAGAUCCUCAUUGAAGCCUUUGCAUUGGAGCAAGGUAACCAGGGCUUUGCAAGGAAGUUUAUGGGAAGAAUUGCAAAGAUAUGGAGACUCUCAAAUUGCCCCAGGAUUUGAUGUGUCAGAGUUAGAGAGCCUUUUCUCCGCAACAGUUCCAAAACCUGCUGAUGCAGGAGGUAAAGCUGGGGCACGGCGCAAAUCUGUUGGAUCCAAAACUGACAAAGUCCACCUGAUUGACCUGAGGAGAGCCAACAACACUGAAAUUAUGCUUACAAAAGUUAAGAUGCCGCUUUCUGAUAUGAUGGCUGCAGUUCUUGCAAUGGAUGAAUCAGUAUUAGAUGUUGACCAGGUGGAAAAUCUCAUAAAAUUUUGUCCCACCAAAGAGGAGAUGGAACUUCUAAAGGGCUACACUGGUGACAAGGAGAACCUCGGAAAGUGCGAACAGUACUUUUUGGAGCUGAUGAAAGUACCUCGGGUUGAGUCGAAAUUACGAGUAUUUUCUUUCAAGAUUCAGUUCAGCUCUCAGAUCUCAGAAUUUAAAAAGAGUUUGAACACUGUAAAUUCUGCUUGCGAAGAGGUGAGGAAAUCAGUCAAACUGAAGGAAGUUAUGAAGAUUAUUCUUUUUAUAGGGAAUACAUUGAACCAAGGAACUGCAAGGGGCUCUGCAAUUGGAUUCAAGUUGGACAGUCUUCUAAAGCUCACUGAUACACGUGCUUCUAACAAUAAGAUGACACUCAUGCAUUAUCUUUGCAAGCUUUUGGCGAAUAAUUCACCAGAACUUCUUGAUUUUCACUUGGACUUCGUUAGCCUUGAAGGUGCAUCUAAGAUACAAUUGAAGUCUUUAGCAGAAGAAAUGCAAGCUAUAAUCAAGGGACUAGAAAAGGUUAGGCAGGAGCUGACUGCAUCUGAAAAUGAUGGUCCUGUAUCUGAAGUUUUCCAUAAGACAUUGAAAGAAUUCGUUGGCAUUGCUGAGACAGAGGUGACAUCCGUUACAAAUCUCUACUCUGUGGUGGGUAGAAAUGCAGAUGCACUUGCACUUUAUUUCGGUGAGGAUCCUACCCGUUGCCCAUUCGAGCAAGUGACAGCAACUCUUCUAAACUUUGUAAGGUUGUUUCGGAAAGCACAUGAGGAGAAUUGCAAACAGGCUGAACUGGAGAAAAAGAAAGCCGAGAAGGAUGCCGAAAUCGAGAAGGCAAAGGGCAUUAACCUUACGAAGAAGAUGGUGAGAUAGGUGAAGAUUAACGUACAUACCCCUGCAUAGGAAAUUGUGUUCCUGCGAACUGCCGAGCUCAGCCUCAGUGUUGGUGACUAAAUGAUGGUCAAGGACCAGCUUGUUUGGAUGGUCAGAAUCCUGGCUUGCUUUUGUAUUGGUUCAACAGUAAGCCUUGCUUUAAAGGAGGCAGCAGCGCUAUGUGGGCCAGAAUUUUGACUGUGCAGAAGUCUUAUUGCUGGGAUAAUCUUCCAUAAGAUGAUCAUGGUCCACUUAUGAAAAAAAAAAAAAGAAGUUGAUCAUGGUCCACUGAACAAUACAUUAGAAAUCUUGCAGCUUGACCAAAUUUUGACAAACAUUGGGGCUGCCAUCAUUGACUGAGUAGAAUGGUACUCCAUGAAGCACGAAUGCUAUGGAGGUGAAGGAUCCGGCUCCUCGAGCACCAUUUUGAAAGCGAAUUCCUUAAUCUCGGGUCAGAGUUUCAUUACUGAAUUGGUUUCCAUUUGAACCAUUCAUUUGGCAUUUUUUUUUUCGCCAGAGCGGAUGCCAUUGGGAUUGUAAAGCGCACGGUCCAACCAUACCACGAAACCUUGUACAAAGCUCAACCCUUACUUUAGAGGUCAUUCUUUUUCCUGUAACAUAAUAGUCAGUUAUUUUUCUUUUCCUUCUAGUUGAGAUUUUGAUAGGAGCCCGUCCCGAAAGAUGUUGUAUAGGUUUCAGGUUCAGAAAGAGAUGUUAGAAGACGGGCUUUCUCUUAGUACAAUUGUAACAUAUCAAAAUAUAGGCUGCGAGUAGAAGCUGCUUGUUCCUUUUAUUUGAUUCUUUAUCAAAAUCCUUAUUCAUGAAAUGUCAAAGGUUCUUGUUUCCUCU